CUUGGAGGGUUCCCCUACCUGUCUGAGGAGCUGCGGACACCGCUGCCCUUGACUAUGGCUGAGGAGCUGAUCCUGCAAAGAUGCGACUUGGAGCUGGAGACCAAUGGCCACGACCACCACACAGCUGACUUGUGCCAGGACAGACUGGUGGUACGGCGGGGCCAGCCCUUCCGGCUGACACUGCACUUCGAGGGCCGCGGCUACGAGGCCAGCGUGGACAGACUCACCUUCAGCGCUGUGACUGGCCCAGCCCCCAGCGAGGAGGCGGGGACCAAAGCUCGCUUCCCACUGUCUGAUGCAGUGGAGGAGGGCGCCUGGACAGCCUCGGUGGUAGACCAGCAGGACUGUGUCUUGUCGCUGCAGUUCAGCACCCCAGCCAGUGCCCCCAUCGGCCUGUACCGCCUCAGCCUCGAGGCCUCUACUGGCUACCAGGGCUCCAGCUUUGUGCUCGCCCACUUCACCUUGCUCUUCAAUGCCUGGUGCCCAGCGGACGCCGUGUACCUGGACUCGGAGGAGGAGAGGCGCGAGUAUGUGCUCACCCAGCAGGGCUUCAUCUACCAGGGCUCAGCCAAGUUCAUCAACAGGAUCCCUUGGAACUUCGGGCAGUUUGAAGAUGAGAUCCUGGAUAUCUGUCUGACCCUCCUGGAUGUGAACCCCAAGUUCCUGAAGAACUCCAGCCGCGACUGCUCUCGCCGCAGUAGCCCAGUCUAUGUGGGCCGGGUGGUGAGCGUCAUGGUCAACUGCAAUGACGACAACGGGGUGCUGCAGGGCCGCUGGGACAACAACUACACGGAUGGCAUCAGCCCCAUGUAUUGGAUCGGCAGUGUGGACAUCCUGAGGCGCUGGAAGAAAUACAGCUGCCAGCAGGUCAAAUACGGCCAGUGCUGGGUCUUCGCUGCUGUGGCCUGCACAGUGCUGCGUUGUCUGGGUAUACCCACUCGCGUGGUGACCAAUUUCAACUCGGCUCAUGACCAGAACAGCAACCUGCUCAUCGAGUACUUCCACGAUAAGGAUGGGGUCCUCCAGAGGGACAAGAGCGAGAUGAUCUGGAACUUCCACUGCUGGGUGGAGUCGUGGAUGACCAGGCCUGACCUGCAGCCCGGCUACGAGGGGUGGCAGGCCCUGGACCCAACACCCCAGGAGAAGAGCGAAGGGACCUACUGCUGCGGCCCCGUCCCAGUUCGCGCCAUCAAGGAGGGUGACUUGAGCACCAAAUACGAUGCGCCUUUUGUCUUCGCUGAGGUCAACGCGGACGUGGUGGAUUGGAUCCAGCAUGAGGAUGGAUCCAUGCACAAAUCCGUCAACCGUUCCCAGGUGGUGGGGCUGAAUAUCAGUACCAAGAGCGUGGGCCGUGACGAACGCCAGGACAUCACGCACAACUAUAAGUACCCAGAGGGGUCCCAAGAAGAGAGGGAUGCCUUCACCAGAGCCAACCAUCUGAACAAACUGGCCACGAAAGAGGAGACGGGGGUGGCUAUGCGGAUCCGCGUGGCCCAGAGCAUGAGCAUGGGCAGCGACUUCGAAGUCUUUGCCUAUAUCAACAACGACACGGCCGAGGAGCGCACCUGCCGCCUUGUGCUGUGUGCGCGCACUGUCAGCUACAACGGGGUGCUGGGCCCUGAGUGUGGCACCAAGGACCUGCUCAACCUCAUCCUGGAGCCCUUCUCUGAGAAUAGCAUCCCUCUUCGCAUCCUCUACGAGAAGUACGGGGACUGCCUGACCGAGUCCAACCUCAUCAAGGUGCAGGGCCUCCUCAUCGAGCCGGCUACCAACAGCUACGUGCUGGCCCACAGGGACAUCUACUUGGAGAAUCCUGAGAUCAAGAUCCGGGUCCUGGGAGAGCCAAAGCAGAACCGUAAGCUGGUGGCCGAGGUGUCCAUGCAGAACCCGCUCUCCGUGCCCCUGAUAGGCUGCUGCUUCACGGUGGAGGGCGCUGGCCUGACCAAGGAGCAGCUGAGAGUGGAGAUCUCGGACCCCGUGGAGGCGGGGGAGGUGGUCAAGGUGAGGGUGGACCUGCUGCCGCUGCAUGUGGGUCUGAACAAGCUGGUGGUGAACUUUGAGAGCGACAAACUCAAGUCCGUGAAGGGCUUCCGGAACAUCAUCAUCGGACCCCCCUAAGGGACCUGCGUGCCUCAUCCUGCAGCCUGCAGAGAGCCCCAGUUUGAUCCUAAUCUUUAUCCCAAGCUCAUGAGUGACUCUGCCCCCUCUUUGGGCCCAAAGCCCAGGAUAGGGGUAGGCUGCCCGGGGGACCCUUUGGGGUGGGAUGUUCUCAGCUUGUGCUUUUCAUGCCCUACUGGCCUAAUUUCCCACACAUGCCCCUGAACUGUGAGGAAUGUACUCUGUCAUCACAGUGGGAAUCCUGACCUUGGCUGCCUGCACAGGGGUUGGGGAGCAGGGAGUGCACUGGGGAAGCCCUUGAUGGCCACCAGAUUGUUUGAUCUAUUCUUAGCCCGCUGCCUGGCUGAAGGAACUCCAUACCCUGGAGUGUGUCCUGUCUGCCUCUCCAGAACGCACCCAGACCGGAGGGGCCCUUGGGAGAGCCAGAGCCAGAUGGAGCUAGGGGAGAGGUCUGGACCAAGCUCCCCUCUGCAUUCCAGCAGCCCUGACCCGCCGAUCGCCACCUGCUCCGCACAAGACCCUGCUGUGUGCCAAGUGCACCUUGAUGGUGCUCACAGGGCUGCCAACCCAUUUACUCAUUGCAGAAAGCUAUGGAAAUGGGAGGGGGCUGCCUCCUGUGGAAGGUGCUGCAGCUCCAAGAGGGGAGACAAUCACAGCCCACGCCCGCGGGUGGUAUGAGGGCCCGGAAGCUGAUCCAGAGAGCUCUGUCUCAGAGUCUGGUACAUGCAGUUAACUACAGCCCUGGCCUGAGAAUGUCACAGAAAGCACAUCUGGGACCUGGUCAGAAAGGGCCGAGGAGGAAUGAGACAGCGGUGGGAGGACUGGAGAGACUCAGGAGGGGGUAAGGGGUGGGAACAGGGCUGUGGCUCAGCCCCAAGUCUGGCCUGGCACUGCCAUCCCCCCUGCGGUCCUGUUCCAUGCCCCUCACCCCUGGGCCAGCAGCGUCAUGGAAGUGCUCGACUCUGGUGCUCUGUGACCCAGCCUCUCACAUGACGCCAGGGUCCACUUCCUGCUCCAGCGAGCCUUGGGCCCCUGGCCCACAGUGUUUCUGAGCAUGAACCCGUGACCCUGUCACCCUGCUGAGCCAGGUGACCCACCCUGCUGAGCCAGGUGCCUCUUGUCAGGUCCCCGUCCUAGAGCUGAGAGCCCCUGGUGCCCUGUCCUCCCCAUGAGCCUGCUCACUACGAACGUCCAGCCUUCCGAGCACCUCAGCCACGCAUGUUGGACCCUCCCCAGUGGGUCAGCACCCCGGGCCCCACCAAUCACAAUUGUCCUAUCUGGUUUUAUCUCCGCUCCAUAGAACUGGGCCUCCCUCAGGCUAGACCAGAGGUGUGGGAGGGAUGAAGUCACAGUCACUGGGGUCCCCCAAAUCCUAGAGAGGAACUUGGACAAAACCACACAGGUGCACUUGGAGUUUUCUCUGCUUCGCAUGGAGAAGAAUCACAACAUGAGCCAACAUGUGUCUGUUCCGUUUACCUAGCUCUGUCUCUGGUUUCGUAAGCUUUGGGGUUCUCCCAGCAGGCAGUGCUUUUGAACCACAAGGAGUAAGCAUUGAAAUAAAAGAGCUUGUUUGUCACACUCAAGCAAGGUCUGCUUGCUCCUGAGCUUUGGAGGGAAGAGGGUGGGCUCGCUCAGCCAUAUUCCCAGCUAACAGCCUCCACCUCUACCCUGGGAUUCAGCUUCAUGGGCAUGCAAGGCUGUUCCCGCUCUGGCCGCAUCUCCAGCCCCUUCCACCAUGUUUGGACAGCAGUGGGCUUCCACACCCUUUAAACACCCUGUGCAGGUGACUAUCUCCUAUCUUCCAAAUGUGAAGUUCCCCAAGCCACAAGUGCCCUUCCUCAUCCUUACUGAACUGCCAACUCCUACUCAUCCUAUCAUGCCUAACAACAAGGUCACCUCUUCUGUGAAGGCCUCCUUGACUACUUCUCAAGCCCCUCAAAUGCUAAAAUAUGGACCCAUUUAUCCCAGUGAAUUUUUAAGUCCAUAUCUGCCUCCUUCCUCAUCCUAUCUGAAAUAUCUCUUAAAUAAACAUGAAUAAAUG